AUGGCUUCCCAAAUGUCUCAUUUCUUCUUAGUUUCCAUUGCUGUUUUCUUUUUCUUUUUCUUUUUGGAGAAGAGUUUUGCCAUUGAAACAACAUGGGAGGAGACACACCAUCUUGUUCAAAUCAGCUCUCUCUUACCCUCACCUUCUUGUAGUUCAUCUACUAAAGGUCCAAAAAGAAAAGCAUCAUUAGAUGUAAUACACAAACAUGGUCCAUGUUCACAACUGAACAAAACUGGAAAAGCAAAUUCUGUUGAAACACAUAGUGAAAUUCUAAAUCAUGACAAAGAAAGAAUAAACUAUAUUCACUCAAAGCUAUUAUUAUCAUCAUCAUCCAAUAAUAAUAACAAGGUGGAAAUAGAAUUGGAUUCUUCUUCUUCAGCUAAUUUACCAGCAAAAUCUGGAAGCUUAAUUGGAUCAGGAAAUUAUUAUGUUGUUCUUGGACUUGGUACUCCUAAAAAGGAUUUAUCACUUGCUUUUGAUACUGGGAGUGAUCUCACCUGGACUCAAUGUGAACCUUGUGCUCGUGCUUGUUACAAACAAAUAGAUGAAAUAUUUGAUCCAUCAAAGUCUUCUUCUUAUUACAAUAUCACAUGUACUUCUCCAGAUUGCACUCAACUCUCUUCAGCUACAGGAAUCAAUCCCGGUUGUUCUAGGUCAACAAAAGCAUGCAUAUACGGGAUCCAAUAUGGCGACCGAUCCUUCUCCGUCGGAUACUUCAGCCGCGAACAACUCACUCUUACGCCAACGGACACCGUCGAUAAUUUCCUAUUCGGUUGCGGUCAAGACAACGAAGGCUUAUUUAACGGCAUUGCCGGUCUCUUAGGUCUUGGCCGUCACCCAAUCUCUUUUGUCCAACAAACCUCUCAAAAAUACGGUAAUACUUUUUCUUAUUGUCUUCCACCUACGUCUAGCGGCGUUGGCCAUCUCACAUUCGGUGGCGCCGCGGAUAAUAAUUACUUAAGUUACACUCCAUCCCCCGCUGCUUCCCGCGGCGCAUCCUUCUACUUCCUGGACAUUGUUGGAAUCAGCGUCGGCCGGACCAAACUUCCUAUCUCAUCCUCUCUUUUCACCUCCGGUGGCGCCGUUAUCGACUCUGGCACCGUCAUUACACGGUUGCCACCAACCGUAUAUACCAGCCUCCGUGAUUCCUUUAAGAAAGGCAUGUCGAAAUAUCCUCCUGCUUCGAGUUUCUCACUUUUUGACACAUGCUAUGAUCUUAGUGGGGUUGAGGUUGUGUCUAUUCCGAAGGUUAAUUUUUUCUUUGGUGGUGGUGUCACGGUGGAGCUCGUGGCUCCGGGGAUACUUUAUGUUCUGAGUUUGAAGCAAGUCUGUUUGGCGUUUGCGGCAAAUGGUGAUGAUAGUGAUGUUACUAUCUUUGGGAAUGUGCAACAAAGGACACUAGAGGUUGUGUAUGAUGUUGGUGGUGGUAGGAUUGGGUUUGGUUCAAAUGGUUGUAAGUGA